AUGUCUUCUUCUUACACACUUGUGCUUUUCCUUUGCCUCUCUGUCUUCCUCAUUGCUUCUACUGAGAUGAUGAUGGUGGAAGGCAGAAUUUGCGAGAGGCGAAGCAAGACAUGGACAGGGUUUUGUGCCAACACUCGUGGUUGUGACAGUCAGUGCAAGAGAUGGGAACGUGCUUCACAUGGAGCUUGCCAUGCUCAGUUCCCGGGUGUUGCAUGUUUCUGCUACUUCAAUUGCUGA